AUGGCGUUGGCUUUGUCAUUGGCCGAGUUAUCGUCAAUUUGUCCCCGAGCAGGAGCACAGUACCACUGGACAGCAGUACUAGCCCCGCCAAAGAUUCGCUCGUUCGUGACAUGGAUGCAAGGCUGGAUCACUGUUUUUGGAUGGCAGGCGGCGACGGCCAGUAUUUGUUCCUUGGUGGCAACAACAAUUCAAGGAAUAGUCAUGUUGAACGAGUCCACAUACGCUGCUCGGCAAUGGCAUGGAACCCUGUUAAUGUGGGCAAUUGUCCUUCUUGCUGGUUUCAUCAACAUCUAUGGCAUCAAGAUCAUGCCUGCUUUGCAGAUGUUGGGUGGGAUAAUGCAUAUCGUUUUCUUCAUUGCAAUCACGAUUCCGCUCAUUCUUCUUUCUCGUCGCAGCAGCUCCGAAUUUGUUUUCACUGAAUUGUUGACAUCAGAAGAAGGGUGGCAGUCGAAGGGUGUUGCCUGGUGUCUUGGGAUGUUGACAGUGACAUAUUGCUUUCUCGGCUUCGAUGGUGCGAUUCACAUGAGCGAAGAAGUGCGGAACCCAGCAAUGGUCAUACCUCGCAUCCUGAUCCAAACAAUUGCCAUCAACGGUUUAAUGGCAUUUGUGUUUCUCUUGGUCAUUCUGUUCUGCCUCGGCAAUAUGAACGAAGCUCUCAAUCCUCAAUACAUCUAUCCUACAAUUGGAAUUUUCAAACAAACCACUCAGUCUGUUGGAGCGGCCACCGCGAUGCAAACUGGCAUCGUUAUUAUUGGUAUGGUGUCUAACACCGCUGUGGUCGCAUCCGUCUCACGCCUUACUUGGGCUUUCGCUCGCGACGGUGGACUUCCUUUCUCCAACUAUUUUGCUCACGUUGAUCGCAAAUAUCGCGUACCAAAACGUGCCAUCUACCUCGUCUGCGCCGCGGUCAUUAUUCUCUCAGUUAUCAACGCUGCAUCAGAGACUGCUUUGAGCGCUAUUCUCGCCUUAUCAACCAGCUCUCUAUACGUUUCAUAUUUGAUCCCGGUUGUCCUGAUGAUCAUUCGUCGACUAGACACCAAGCGUGGACCAAUCGAAUUUGGACCUUGGACACUGGGACGCUACGGCAUGGCAAUCAACGUCUUUGCCCUGUCCUUUGGUGUAUUUGUGUGCAUAUUUGUGCCAUUCCCCACACAAAUUCCAGUCACAGCUGCAAACAUGAACUGGUCUGGUCCUGUCUUCAUUGGUGUCUGCAUAUUGCUGGUUAUGGACUGGGUGUUCCGGGCGAGGAGGAAGUAUAUUGGGCCCCUGCAGAAUAUUUUACAGCCAGAGGGUGAGAGAAGUCACCCGUAA